AACUAUUCUGUCGGUGGACCCACAUCUAUUUAAUAUUUAUAAAUAAAAAACUAAAAUGACAUAACCAAACAGUAAAUUGUAAAUUAUGGUUAGGCUUAGCUUAGCGCUUACGCGGACCGUAACCACCACUAACACAACAACCAAACGGACGUUUAACUCGCCGUUAACACAAGUUAAAAAAUUAAAAACCCUUUUCCUUUGACUAGCCGUAACGUAAUUACUGCAAUCUCGAAGCAUUGACUAUAUAGAAAUAAAGGUUAACCAAAUCUCCGGUUUACUCAUCGGUUCAUUUCCGGUUUUUUUUUAAAUCGUCUUCUUCCACCUAAAGCAAAUCAGGUCGAGGCUAUAAAAACGGCGAACAUAACCGGCGUGUUCCUCCUUUCUCUCUCUCUCUCUCUCUCUUUCUCUCUCUCUCCCUCAUCUUCGUCUUCUUCUUCUUCUUCUUCUUCUUCUUUCUCCUCUGCAUUAAAUGUUAGUCUGAAAACGACGCUUCGUCUUCUUUCUCCGGGCUACGUUCCGAGGAAAACUGUAUACGUAUAUAUAUAUAUAUGUAUUUUGUCGUGUAUAUAAAAGAGAUUUGACUUCGUAAUCUGAAAGCAACGUUUUUGUUUGGAGGGAGAGAGACAGAGAGAGAUAGAGAGGGCUUUUUUUCUUCACCUAAAUCUGGAAAAUUAAAGAGAGUUUAAACGUAUCAGAUUUGGUACUUCGCGAUUUCGCGAGAUCGCUUAUUAGAUACAUAGAUUCACACUAUCACCUGUUUCUUGAAUAAACCAAAUGCCAGCUCUAGGUGAGAUCAUUUCGGUUCCAGAAACUGAUAAAGGAAAGAGUAAAGACAUUACUGAGAACUCAGAUGAUGAGAAGAUUCCAAGAACUCGUUCUAGAUCCUUAAAGAAGAAAGCUAUCAAAGCUUCGACGAAACUAACACAUAGUCUAAGGAAACGAGGGAAACGUGUAGCUGAUCAAUACGCAGCAAUUGUAAUCGAAGAUGUGAGAGACGCAGAAGAGGAGAAAGCAGUGAAUGCAUUUAGAAAAGCUUUGGUUUCUCUAGAUUUGCUUCCUCCUCGGCACGAUGAUUAUCAUACUAUGUUGAGAUUCUUGAAAGCGAGGAGAUUUGAUCUUGACAAAGCUGUUCAGAUGUGGGAAGAGAUGCUUAAGUGGAGGAAAGAGAAUGGAGUUGAUACAAUAAUGCAGGAUUUUGUUUAUGAUGAGUACGAACAAGUACAACAAUACUAUCCACAUGGUUAUCAUGGUGUAGACAGAGAAGGCAGGCCUGUAUAUAUCGAACGUCUUGGUAAAAUUGACCCUUGCAAGCUCAUGAAGGUUACUACAUUGGAGCGUUUCUUGAGAUAUCAUGUACAAGGCUUUGAAAAGACCUUCGCUGAGAAGUUUCCAGCUUGUUCGAUCGCUGCUAAGAGGCAUAUAAACUCUUCUACAACCAUUAUAGAUGUGCAUGGAGUGAGCUGGAUGAGCUUUAGAAAACUAGCUCAGGACCUUGUGAUGCGUAUGCAGAAAAUAGAUGGUGAUAAUUAUCCUGAGACAUUGAAUCAGAUGUACAUUGUUAAUGCUGGAAACGGAUUCAAGCUUGUUUGGAACACAGUGAAAGGCUUUCUCGACCCUAAAACUACUUCUAAGAUUCAUGUUUUGGGAAACAAAUAUCGCAGCCACCUUCUUGAAAUUAUAGAUCCAAGUGAGCUUCCUGAUUUUCUGGGAGGAAAUUGUUCAUGUGCAAAUGAAGGUGGAUGUAUGAAAUUCAACAAGGGGCCUUGGAAUGACCCAGAGAUAAUGAAACUAGUGCGAUCGAGAGAUGCAACGUACAAAAUAAAAGAAAUAGAGCUCCCUGAGAAUGGGGAAGUAGCUAAAUUAUUUGCCUUACGGCAUGUGAAUACAGAGAUAUCAUCACCUGAUGGAGAGCAAGUUAGGGACAGAGAAUCGCAUCCUGAACAUGACAAACGUGCUCAGCCAAGCGAUCAAGCUGAAGCAGUUGGUGUUGGGAGAAUUGUACAGUCUGAUUCAACAGAUCAAUUACCUAGUAAUCUGACAGAAGAAAAGAGUUUGAAGAAGUCUCUUCAGAGAGUGGCAAGUUCGUUGGCUCGUUUUAUCUUCCAACUUCUUGCGUCUCUAUGUCUCAUGUUCCGGAUCUUGGGAAGACUUGUAAAUAAGCAACCAGAGAACCAAUUAAGACCGGAGUUAACAGUUUCGGUCUCUCCUCCUCAAGAUGUUCCUCCUCCUCCUUCUCAGUUGCAACGAGGAGAGUCUCUACAUCCAUGUUGGCUAAGGUUGCAGAAUCUGGAGAGCAUGGUCACAGUUUUGUUUGAUAAACCCACAAACAUUCCUCAGGAGAAAGAAGAUAUACUUCGUGAUUCAUUAGACCGCAUCAAAUGCAUUGAGCAAGAUUUACAGAAGACAAAGAAGGCUCUCCUUUUGACGGCGUCAAAACAGAUCGAGCUCGCUGAGUCUUUGGAGAGCUUGAAAGAAAGCAGCUCAACAACGGGAAUGAGAUCUUGCUGGCCAAGACACUGCAGAAAUUUUCAAGUUGAAUAAAUAUAUUUAUAUGUCUUUGAAUCUCAUAUCCCAAGUCUGCCUAAGCUUACUACUACUUGACCCUCCAACCAUGUUACAGAUGGUUCUGUUGAAAGACAAAAUGGUUAUCGAGAGUGAAAUUGAAGAGGUAUAAGCUUUUACAAAUGUACCAGUUUCUUUAGGAUAUAGAAAAAACAGCGGAAAUUAGUGAAGCUAUAUUUGGGAUUUUACUUUUUUUUUUUCCCCAUAACGAAUCUAAUGCACACCAUUGUUACAAACUGUAUAAUCCAUUUAUUGGUGGGGAGUUAUCUUGGCACAACACAAAUGCUUUAUAUAUUGUGUAACUUUACUAUUUACAAAUACAAAUACAUUUGAUCUGUAAUGUUAUAACAAAUUCUCCAACU